AUGGCGGAAAACAAAAACCUUAGGCCACUCAAAGAGUUUUCCCUAUCCUCUAAUGAAGAACCUCAUCUGAUUAUUGUCAACCCAGCUAUUACAGCUAAUAACUUUGAAUUGAAGCCUACUUUGUUACAAAUCGUGCAACAGAACCAGUUCAUUGGUCUCCCAAUAGAGAACCCAAACCAAUACCUAAAAGUCUUCAUUCAACUAGCCGACACACUUAAAUGCAAUAACGGUACUUAUGAGGCGAUACGUCUAUGUUUAUUCCCUUUCUCCCUCAAAGACAAAGCGCGAUCAUGGCUGGAUUCCCUUCCAGCCAAUUCUAUCACUACUUGGAAUGACCUGAAGAAAGUAUUCCUUGCUAGAUACUUUCCACCUGGUAAGACUAUCAUCCUACAUAACCAAAUUACCAUAUUCACUCAACAGGAAGGUGAGUCCCUUUUCGAUGCUUGGGAAAGGUACAAAGAGCUAUUAAGAGCUUGUCCAUAUCAUGCAUUAGAACAAUGGCUAAUCACACACACCUUCUAUAAUAGAAUUCUCUAUAACACGAAGAUGACUAUCGACGCUGCCGUCGAUGGUGCGCUAAUGAGCAAACCUUAUCCCGAGGCAUGCGCACUUAUUGAAGACAUGGCUCAAAACCAUUACCAAUGGGGUACAGAGCAUGUACAAGUAGAGAAGAAAGAGACUAAAGGAGGUAUAUACGAGGUUAGCAACUUCGACCAUACGAACGCCAAAAUGGACGCCCUAACCCAGGAAGUCAAAAGCUUAGUCAUAAACCCUAUAGCUACCGUAGCUGCAGUGCGACUCGGAUGCGAAAUUUGUGGAACGCCAGGAUAUGUGACUCCCGAGUGCAGUCUACUAGCUGAAACAAACCCAAACCAAGCCAAGUAUGCCCAAGUAAACCCCUAUUCAAACACUUAUAAUGUUGGAUGGAGGAAUCACCCAAACUUCUCUUACAAGAACAAUAACCCUACUUUUUCCCAAAACUCUACUCCUCAAAGACCAGCAGGUUUCCAAGCCCAAAGACCCUCACAACCGAUGCAAACUACACCUCAUAAGUCAAACCUUAAGAAGAUUAUGGAAGAUUUUAUCACGAGACAAGCUUGA